UCCGGGCAAACGGGCAUUUUCCUUGGGAUGCUGCUGUGUGUGCUUGUCUCGCCGAUGACCAUCCACUCUCUGACCAUCAUUUAAGUGUGAAAGUACAGACUCAAUGGAGUUCUUGUUUGGAAAGCGGAAAACCCCAGAGGAGAUGCUUAGGCAGAACCAGAGGGCUCUGAAUAGAGCCAUGAGGGAUCUGGACAGGGAACGACAGAGACUGGAGCAACAGGAGAAAAAGAUCAUUGCGGAUAUUAAGAAAAUGGCCAAACAGGGACAGAUGGAUGCUGUGAAGAUCAUGGCCAAGGACCUCGUUCGCACCAGGCGUUACGUAAAGAAGUUCAUCAUGAUGAGGGCAAACAUCCAAGCUGUCAGUUUAAAGAUUCAGACACUGAAGUCUAACAACAGCAUGGCACAGGCCAUGAAAGGAGUCACCAAAGCAAUGGCCACCAUGAACAGACAGCUGAAGUUGCCUCAGAUUCAGAAGAUUAUGAUGGAGUUUGAGCGACAGAGUGAAAUUAUGGACAUGAAGGAAGAGAUGAUGAACGAUGCAAUUGAUGAUGCCAUGGGGGAUGAAGAUGAUGAGGAGGAGAGUGAUGCUGUUGUUUCUCAGGUGUUGGAUGAACUGGGACUGAAUCUCUCAGAUGAACUCUCUAACCUCCCGACCACUGGUGGCAGUCUCUCUGUUGCCAGUGGGAAGAAAACUGAACCACAGGCUGCUAUGGCAGAUGCAGAUGCUGACCUUGAAGAGCGACUCAAUAACCUCAGGAGAGACUGAGUGGGGAAAAAUGAUAGUUCAAGUUGGGAUGUUAAUAUACAUGAUACGGUGCAUUGGUUUCUAUUCACUGAAUCGGGGUUAUAGUAGAAAAUGCGCUACAGGCAAAUGACUGUGUUUCUAUUAUGCAUAUAUAUGAGUAUUCAUAUUUCUGAGUUUUUUUAAAUGCCAUUUAAUAUCAGCUAAAGCUGUUGUUAAAGAAUAUUUCCCCCUCAGUCAUGGUAUUUCCCAGGAUAAAGUUGCAGUAGAAGACAUCCUACUUUACAGUGUGUAAUUGUAAUAAAGAUGUGAUUAUACAGAUUCUCAAUGAUGUUUUCUGUAGGAUUUCCACUAAAGUGAAAACACUAAUUGAUUUUGAUAAAUUGAGUGGGCUUUUAAUGUUUUGUUUUUUGUCUGAAUAAUGUUACUAACAUUUUUUUGGUUACAGAAAUUUAUUUUUGUUUUAAAAGGGAGGCCCUGAGUAAUCUAUUUCUGUAUGAGUAUAAAAACUAGGAUUAUACUACUACUUUUUAUAAAAUACCCCACAAGAAAUCACCAGGUCAGGUAGUUUGAUCACAUACUUCCCCUGCAAUGUAUUGCGGUACAGAUUUGAUCUGUAAAACAACAGUGCUCUUUUAAUAGUUACAAUUCAGAAUGGUAUUAAGGUAAAGGAUGCGUGGUCUUCUAUUGAAUUUCUUUGUAAUGUAAAUUUUUUUUG